GGAGGCAAGCUGCAUUCGAACAGCCACCUGCUGUUGUCUCUCACUGAGCUGCACACUCUGGUUCUGAAGGGACAGUGGACACAGACAGUCUGUUGGAGGAGCACUCUGUGUCCAAGGGAGAAUGUCACGGAGCAACCAGCAACAGGACCUAGUGCUCAUUAAAGAACUAGAGCUCAUCUUGGAUUCCUGCAAACUGGAGCUCACACCAGUGGAUGAAGUCUGGCCCAACCUGUACAUAGGAAAUGUGGCUGUGGCACAGAGUAGAAAGAAAUUACAUAACCUUGGCAUCACUCAUGUCCUGAACGCAGCACACUCUAAGCAGGGCAGCAUCGGUGACCAGAGUUUUUAUGGGAACACCACUGUUUACCUUGGCAUCCCAGCAGAGGAUUCUGACCACUUUGACCUCAGUCAGUACUUCAAGCCUGCAUCUGACUUCAUACAUAAAGCCCUGAAGAGCAAAGAUGGAAAAGUACUGGUCCAUUGCAUCAUGGGUGUGAGUCGAUCGGCCACUUUGGUCCUGGCUUUCUUCAUGUUGCGACAGCGUCUUUCUCUGAGAGACGCUCUGCGGCGUGUCGUCCAAAAACGAGCCAUUUAUCCCAACCGGAACUUUCUGUCUCUCCUCCUCAAGCUGGAUGAACAGCUGACACUCAAACGGAGGUUGUGUCCUCUUCUCUGACAUUCUUCUCUGUUUCAUUAG